AUGUCUCUCUUCCCUAGCGACAGCGGCCUGUCCGCUGCCGCUACCGAUUGCUCGUCCAACAUCGCGUCUUCGAGUUCAACACCCCCUACUAGCAUUUCUGAUAUUGCCAGCCAAGCCUCGGAUGGUCCUAAGCUCGACGACAUCCCCGUCAUUCUCGAAACCGAAACCCACAUCGAAGCCCAAGUUGAGGCCCAGAUCGAAAUCCCCGCUGCCAUCACCACCGACCAAGCACCCGAAACGCCCUCGGAGCCUCAAUCCGAAGCGCGCCCCCGCCGAUCAUGUUCCGGAAAGCAGACAUACAAUCUGUCACAGCUGAGCGGCACGGCAAACCGCGGAAAACGACGCGCCAAGGGUGACGAUGUUGCAGACCGACGCAGGACCAUUUUUGGAGAGACAUUUGCAAAUGGCGACCCAAACGCCGACGAUGUGGCGCGUGUUGCUGGCAAUCUCGUUCGCGACGGCAUUGACGCGUUGGACCUUCAAUGGUCCGUUGGAGACCUCAAGACGCCGCGCCCGAAGAAGAACAAGACGCAGAAGGCAGAGACCUCCCGCAUCACCCGCCAUACGGCGCGUCUGAUCGGCACCCCCGUCGAAAACUUCGCGACCAAGGUCUCCAACCUUGGUAAGCGGAGUCGCAAGACAUUCGAGAAGAGCAUGGCCAGAGUCCCCCGUGAGCUGCUCCGCCUUCAGGAUACGAAGGAAUUCGCCGGCAUCGACGACAAGCCCGUCAUAAGAACAGUCUGGUCUAACGGAAAGCUCGUGAUUCUCGACGAAAACGGCAACAUCCCUGCACCGCCGCCCAAGAAGGCCAGGUCUGAGCCGCUGGAGACCAAGAAAGAGGAACCGGAGGAGAAACCCGAGCAAGCCGCCGAGCCUGAGCCCAAGAAGACAAAGCGAACCAAGAAAUACCUCGAUCGCGGACUGUAUGCUGGCCAAGCGACCCCUUCGGACCUGACCAAGGGUCUCAGCGCGGCCGAGCAGAAGAAACUUGCGCAGACUCCGGAGCUGAAGGACUACGGCCGCCCCAACAAGGUUCUGCCGCUGCCCAUGUUUAACGGCCUGCGCCUGCUUCUCAGUGGCCGCGACUUCAAGCUGCCCUACGACGUCUGCAAUCCUCUGCCGCCAGGCCAGCCAAAACCUGACGAAUUCCGGAAGCUUACCAAGAAUCGAUUCAUUGGAGAGUCGCACUCCUUGUGGAAGAAGACGCCGCACUUCGUCGACCAGUCCAAGUGCGUUUGCAAGCCCGAAGACGGGUGUGGUGAGGACUGCCAGAACAGAAUCAUGCUAUACGAGUGCGACGAUAAGAACUGCAACGUGGGCAGGGAGCACUGCACAAACCGCGCGUUCGCCGAUCUCCAAGAGAGAAAGUCAGGCGGCGGCAAGUACCGCGUCGGUGUUGAGGUUAUCAAGACAUCUGACCGUGGCUAUGGCAUCCGCGCCAACAGAUGCUUCGAGCCUAACCAAAUCAUCAUGGAAUACACAGGCGAGAUCAUAACCGAUGAGGAGUGCUCAGAACGCAUGGAAAACAAGUACAAGGACAGCAAGUGUUACUACCUCAUGAGCUUCGACCAGAAUAUGAUCAUCGACGCCACCAAGGGCAGCAUCGCUCGCUUCGUCAACCAUUCGUGUGCCCCCAACUGCCGGAUGAUUAAAUGGAUCGUGUCCGGUCAGCCGAGGAUGGCGCUCUUCGCGGGGGACAAGCCCAUCAUGACGGGUGAGGAGCUCACAUACGACUACAACUUUAGUCCUUUCAGCGACGAAAAUGUCCAAAAGUGUCUCUGUGGCGCGCCGAACUGUCGAGGGAUUUUAGGGCCCAAGCCUCAGGAAGUCAAACAGCCCAAGCCUCCCAAGUCGACGCUCAAGGCCGUAGUCAAGAGUGCCGUCAAGGCCAGCAAGCGCAAGAUCGAAACACUGGUCGGCGACGACGAAGCCGGCGGCUCGGCAAAGAAGCGCAAGGUCAAGGCCGCCAAGGGGGUGCGACGGUCGCUCUCUUCGACCGGUCUGCUCACCAAGGCUGCUGCCAAGGGUGCAGCCACAGUGAAGAGGCGCGUGUCGGCCAUGGCGAUUCUAAGCAGUACUACCAAGACAAGCACACCGGCAAAGACGACGGCCAAGGCCACGAAGGCGACUCCGGCAAAGACGACGACCAAAAAGACGACUCCGAAGAAGUCUACACCUAAGAAGUACACGGCUCCCAACCCGGCGCGCAAAGUCACGGCAGUCCGUAAGUCAGGCUCCGGCAAGACGCUCAAGACGUACGGAAAGACGUCGCCCAACAAGAUGGCGAACCGGGCGCCGAGCAUGACCAUUAUAGCUGCGGGAGCAGGGGAUGACGACGCGAAGACGGCCAAGACUUCCAAGCUCCACCGAAGCUUGAGCAAGGCGUCGCGCACCGCGCUGGAGGAGCUCUCUUUGGGGUCCACGAUCCGGCUUGUGAGCCCUGAGCUCGUGAGCCCCGAGGCCACCAUCACGGCUCGCCAAGACUAG